AUGGCGUUUACAUUACACUCACAUUCUGGCGAGUUCUGCCCUGGCCAUGCCAAAGACCAACUCGAAGAUAUCGUCAAACAGGCUAUUUCUCUCGAUAACCCUCAAGCUGCUCUAGAAGCUCUUCCUCCUCGUCACGAAGCAUAUCUCGUGGAAGCUCAGCGUCUUCAGCGCGAGUAUGCUUCACAAAUUCACAUCCUCAUUGGCUUCGAGGCUGAGUUCAUCCGUCCAAACUGCGCAGCUCACGUUCGCAAACUCGCUGAACAUCCCGUCGUUGAUUACUUCAUUGGCUCAGUGCAUUACGUUCACAGCACUCCCAUUGACUACAACAAGGAGAUGUUUGCCACAGCUCGUGAAGCAAGCAGUCGCAAGACUGAAGAGUCGCUCUAUGAGGAUUACUACGAUCUUCAGUACGACAUGCUCAAGGAGCUGCGCCCGCGCGUUGUAGGACACUUUGAUCUCGUGCGGUUGAUGAGCGAGGAUCCAGCCCGGGAUGUUCGGCAGUGGAAGGGUGUCUGGGAGCGCAUCCUGCGAAACCUGGCUCUUGCGAGGGAACAGGAUGGAUGGCUUGAGGUUAACAGCGCGGGAUUGAGAAAGGGACUUGCCGAACCUUAUCCGGGUAGGAUAAUUGCCGAGGAAUGGAUUAAAUUGGGAGGCAAGUUCACUUUCUGCGAUGACAGUCAUGGUAUUGCACAGGUUGCCACCAACUAUGCUCGAACAGUCACUUAUCUCGAGAGUCUGGGCAUCAAGGAGGUUUGGUGUCUCAAGAGAACACCUAACUCUGGCGUGGAUGGAACCAAGAGAGCUACUGUUGAGGAAGUCAGUGUUCCUCUGAGUGUGUUCCGUGAGAAUUUCCCAUAA